GCCAGGGGAAUGUCUGAGGGUGUCUGAGAGAACCGGUGGGCAGGAGAGAGUUUGGAAGACAGGGUGCAGGAAACGCAGAGUUAAAAAUACUCAUUUGGUUACUAGAAAUAGACUCGGUUUUUUGGACAACUUUAUCAGCAGCAGAAAAGUUUGGCGCACCCAUUGCUUGUGUGCUUUUUGCGUAAAGGACAGGACCCAGUAUUGAGAUCAACCAAAACAACCGCACACAAGGAGAAAGAAAAGACGUUUGAGCAGCACUUUUUUUUCUUUAAAGAGGAACUGAAACGAGUGGAUCUGCGUUGCUUUGGCCCCAUCUGUGGAUAAUCUCAUUUUCAGCAUCUGCCCAAAUCACAGCAAAACGUUCUCUCUCUGCGCACAACUUUGAAUCUUUGCGCUGUUGGGAUGCGGUGAUGGAGUCCGGUGAUGUUUCUAAGAUGACUGCUCCUCUCAUCAAGCGCGUUUUCAGAUGUGAUCUCCUGUCAAGAAAAACCAUAAACGGGUCUAAAUGGUCGUUUUUGAUCCUCAUCGUCAUUUUAUCUGCUUGGCCAAUAACCGCAGGCACACUGACAGAUUUGGAGUUUGAGCGGAGUCCCACUACUGUCAUCUCUUCCCUGGGAAAACCUGUCAAGAUGCACUGCGCCCUGAAGGGUAGAGGGGGCGAGGAAGAAGACCCCCCUGACGUCAUUUGGAUGAGAGAUGGUGUGGUGCUUCCGUAUGCCGACACCAACCAGUUCCAAGGCCACACUGGCAGCAACAGUUGGAAGAUCAUGAGCACGCUCAGUAUUGAGAAGGUCCAGCUUCAAGACAUGGGCUCCUAUCGAUGUGCUGUUCUAUCAGAAGGCCACAACACUUUUUCCGAUGAGGGGGGCAUUCAGCUGGAGGGCCUUCCUCACUUCUCCACGGAGCCUCAGCACAUGUCUGUCGUGGCCAACGUCUCCCUGAGUCUGCGAUGUGUGGCCCACGGACCUCCAGAGCCAGUCAAGGUCAUCUGGUUGCAGGAUGGCGCUCCUCUAAACUCCCUGACAGACCCGGUGGCCCUGUCGCCCUCCACACUAAACCUCACAGGUUUGAACAGGACCAGCACUUUUUCUUGUGAGGCCCAUAAUGGCAAGGGUGUGGCUACCUCUGGAUCUGGUACCAUCACUGUUCUCCCAUCCCAGCCUCAGAAUGUGAGAGCUGUAAACACCACUCAGACUUCUCUCCGUUUGUCAUGGCAGCCUGGUUUUGGAGGCGACUACCCAAUAAUCCGUUGCUCUGUUCAGGCCAAACGAGCGGGCGAGACCUUCACAGCAGGCCCAGAUGAGAUGAUCCACAACCAAAAUGUGAACAUCCCACCAGCCACACACCUCAUCGGGGACCUGAAGCCCCACAGUCGCUACGCUGUCAGGGUGGCCUGUCACAGCAGCCAGGGCCCGUCUGAGUGGUCUCUCUGGGUGGAGCUGCAAACAUUAGAAGGAGUGCCAGAAAACCCACCAGAUAAUGUGACAGCGGUUCUAAAUGGGACAGAGGUGCUGCUUACGUGGGAGGAGCCUCCAGGGAAGCUGAACGGAGAUCUUCAGGGCUACAAGGUUGAGUACAGCACACCGUCCACACGGCAGACUGUUUUGAAUACUACAUUGGACACAGAGCUGUCAAUCAGUCUGUCUCUCCCCUUGUCCAAUGUGACUUUUCGAGUGUGUGCCUAUACAGGGGCAGGGCAAGGACCCUGGACCCCUACACAAACUCUGACCCUUACUGCUCCCGAAAUGGAGGAAUUUAGAGGUCUGUCGUCGCCCCCAGCCUUUUCCUGGCACUGGUGGUAUGUGGUGAUGGCCAUCGCCGGCGCCGUAGCCAUAGCUGUGCUCAUGGCUGUUUACGUGGCCAAGCUGCGGCGCAAGGAGACACGCUUUGGAGAGGCAUUUGAGCCCAUGAUGGAGAGCGGGGAGCUGGUGGUCAGGUACCGUGCUCGCCGCACAUACAGCCGAAGGACAACAGAAGCAACACUGAACAGCCUGGGCAUCAGUGACGAGCUGAAGCAGAAGCUCCAAGAUGUGAUGGUGGACAGACAUAAACUAACCUUAGGAAAGACCCUGGGAGAAGGCGAGUUCGGCUCUGUGAUGGAAGGGUUGCUGACUCAGGAGGAGUCGGUUCUCAAAGUCGCAGUCAAGACUAUGAAGAUCGCCAUCUGUACUCGUUCAGAGAUGGAGGAUUUUCUCCGUGAGGCCGCCUGCAUGAAGGAGUUUGACCAUCCCAACGUCAUGAGGCUUCUGGGUGUGUGUCUGCAGACUGUGGAGAGUGAAGGUUACCCCUCCCCUGUGGUCAUCCUGCCUUAUAUGAAACACGGAGACCUGCACAGUUAUCUGCUAUACUCAAGGCUGGGAGACUGUCCUGUGUAUCUCCCGUCUCAAAUGCUGGUAAAGUUCAUGACCGAUAUCGCCCGAGGAAUGGAAUACCUCAGCAACAAGAACUUCAUCCACAGAGACCUUGCUGCUCGCAACUGCAUGCUGAAUGAGAAUAUGAACGUAUGCGUGGCCGACUUUGGUCUCUCCAAGAAGAUCUACAACGGAGAUUACUACAGGCAGGGACGGAUCUCCAAGAUGCCUGUCAAAUGGAUUGCCAUCGAAAGCCUGGCUGACCGCGUCUACACCACAAAGAGUGAUGUGUGGUCAUUUGGAGUCACCAUGUGGGAGAUCGCCACACGGGGCCAGACGCCGUACCCUGGAGUUGAAAACAGUGAGAUUUAUGAUUACUUGAGACAGGGUAACCGUCUCAAACAGCCUCCGGACUGUCUGGACAGCAUCUACGCCCUGAUGUUCUCCUGCUGGCUGCUCAGCCCCAAGGAUCGCCCAUCCUUUGAGUCCUUGCGCUGCGAGCUGGAAAAGACCCUUGAGGAUCUGCCAGACACCCAAGACCCAGAUGAGAUCUUGUACGUCAACAUGGACGAGUCUUCCAUGGAGCUUGGGGCUGUCGGCGGCCGUGACCCCAUUGGUGGACCGACCCCUCUGUGCCUGAAAGGCCUGGACUCUGUGACCACAGUGGAGGUCCACCACCCGAACCGCUACGUCCUCUGCCCUCAACAUGAAACCAAUCGUGCCCUCUCUGACUCCAUGGAGAGUCUAGACAUGCCGGUGUCGUCCUCCACAGCCACGCUGCCUCUACAACCGUCCUGCCGCUCCACUCCCAACGCCACCCCAGCUCCAACCCCGACUGUAGAGCUGCUGGAGGACAUGGAAACAUCCAGGAAAAUGCCCUGGCAAUGAUGCUUUUUCACUUUACAAAAUGACAAGACUGGUCCCUGCCAGAGUGCGCCGUCCUUUUACCCCAGUCAGAGAACUAGAUCCAGCCUGUUCCUACUGACUGUAAGAAACCUAAU